ACACAUCUGUUAUCCUACCAUCAACAUGCCAGACAGAUGUUUCGAAUGCAAUCUUGCCAUAUAACGGACCAUGGCCAAAAGAAAGAGUAAAACACAUCCAGAGUCAUUUGAGCAAAAAGGAAGACAUUCAACGACGAGGCCCAUUACCUGGGCAGAAGAGAGACCUCUUGGCAUAAAAUCAACAACUGAUCAUCUGAAGGACUUCAACACACUACAAUGCACCAUUGAUUAUAAUUUAAAUGGCUUGGUGACAGUGGAAAACAUCAGUUGGCGUGCUUCAGUCUUCCCUAAAUCUGGAACGUACGUUAAAUUGUACGUAUUGACAGAAGGAAAAUAUCGCAAGAAAAAGAAAAAAACUGAAGUGGUAUAUAAGGUUUUAUAUGGAGAACGUAAAUUUAGAAAACCUCUCAAAAUACAAUGUAAAGAAAAAGAUUCAUUAUUGAUAUUAUCUGUAUGGAAAAAAGAACUGAAAAGCCAACCCAUUGCACGAGUAUGUAUACAGCUACGACACAUGCUGAAGGGCAGAUUUUACGAAGAAAGAUGUCCCCUAAAAAUCUGCACGAAAACCGACGUGAAGACGGAUAAUAAAGCUUAUUUCGAACUUAACCAAGAUGAGCCAGAGGAGAUGGAUAUAGAAGAGAAUCAAAUGACUCCAGCAACAACACAGAUUAUUGCUGCUUCUACUCCCUCAACACGCAGCAAUACAACGCCCACUGGAUUGCAAAAACGAAAAGAAUCACAGAAUAAGCGAAUGGAGGGAAGACAAUCAAUAAGCGAAUAUAACAGCAGCUCAAACCUGCGACAACAGGCAAAAUUUCAAUUGCCCUUGGUCGCCAAUCAGGAAAAGGAACUUCCAUAUGAUAGGAGCCAGGGAUAUCGACAAAACAUUGACAAAGGUGAUAAGUUCCAGUAUGUACCACGACGUUCUCCAUCACUACCAAACACAGUGACGGGGAGGACAUUGCAAAGACGUCAGCGUCUACCCAGCAAAAUACAGGGGAACAACUACAGUCCACAUCCUCCAAUGGGGCUGCCAAAGAGCCCGAUUAGGUCUACGCGGAGAAACUCACGGACAACUUAUCCAUCGAGUGGUUCAUCUGUUCCUAAUGAUGUAUUGGUUGUAAGUACUCAUUAAAAC